CAUUGAACUCAUAUUAGACGUUGUCCAGCACUGACAACUUUCCGGCUCUCACUGUUUUGCAAGUGCAAUAUUUUUCGAAGAAAAUAGUCAAUAAUGUUUCAUCAUAACACAAAACUAUGCCGGCUGGCCACUAACGUGGCCGCAAAUGUGCGCCGCUUGAGCGGCCAGCAACCGAAGACUGCAAUUCUAAUGCUCAACAUGGGAGGCCCUCAGCACACGGAUCAGGUGCACGACUACCUGCUCCGCAUUAUGACCGACCGUGAUAUGAUCCAGCUGCCCGUGCAGAGCCGCCUAGGACCGUGGAUCGCACAACGGCGAACUCCCGAGGUGCAGAAGAAGUACAAGGAGAUCGGUGGCGGGUCACCGAUCCUCAAAUGGACAGAGCUGCAGGGACAACUUAUGUGCGAAAGGCUGGACAAGAUCUCCCCGGAAACGGCGCCGCAUAAGCACUAUGUGGGCUUUCGCUACGUGAAUCCUCUGACGGAAAACACGCUGGCGGAAAUCGAAAAAGACAAGCCAGAGCGCGUAGUGCUCUUCUCACAGUACCCACAGUACAGCUGUGCCACUUCUGGGUCAAGCUUCAAUUCCAUCUUUACCCACUACAAACAGAACAACCCACCAUCGAACAUCAAAUGGAGCGUCAUCGACCGCUGGGGCACCCACCCGCUUCUGGUCAAGACAUUCGCCCAGCGAAUCCGAGACGAGCUGGCCAAGUUCGUUGAGACAAAGCGCAACGAUGUGGUCAUUCUCUUCACGGCCCACUCCCUGCCUCUAAAGGCCGUUAGCCGUGGCGAUGCGUAUCCUUCGGAGAUUGGAGCUAGUGUUCACAUGGUUAUGCAGGAACUAGGCCAAACCAAUCCCUACAGUCUGGCCUGGCAGUCGAAAGUCGGACCUCUGCCUUGGCUAGCUCCAGCUACGGAUGACGCUAUUAAGGGCUACGUGAAGCAGGGCCUGAAGAACUUCAUCCUGGUACCCAUUGCCUUUGUGAACGAGCACAUUGAAACCCUGCACGAACUGGACAUCGAGUACUGCGACGAGCUGGCCAAAGAGGUCGGCGUGGAGGAAAUCCGACGAGCGGCAGCCCCCAACGACCACCCACUGUUCAUCAGUGCCCUGAGCGACAUUGUGUCGGAUCACCUGAAGUCUCAACAGGCUGUCAACCCCAAAUUCCUCAUGCGGUGUCCGAUGUGCACCAACCCAAAGUGCCGGGAGAGUAAGAAGUGGUACCAGCAACUCUGCUCCCAAUAGACCCCCUCUCCCCGCGAUCUAAUCGACGAAAGGUGAUUCAUGGGCUCCAGCUCCGCGUUUAGUUUUAACGGGUACGGCUUUUCACACUAGCUUCUAUUGGUUUUCCAUCGGCAAUAAAAAUACAGAAAGAUUCACACCACCUAUAUUGAUUAAUGAA